AUGCGUCCAACUUCACUUCCAAAGUGCCUGCUGCAGGUUGCAGCUUGUGGUAUUGCACUCAUUCCUUUCGCUCACGCGGUACCAGCUACUGUUUAUUCAACUGUCACUCGUUAUAGAAUUUCAGUCGUUCCACAAUAUACGACUUAUACUGAUGUCUCUUUUUCAAUUCUUACUUAUACUGCACCCCCUUCAAUUCACACCGAAUAUGUUACUGCAACAGAAGUUAAGCGUAGGACUACGACUAUCUUCGAUGGGACAACAACUGUAAUCGAGCCAGCUCAGACUGUGUUUGCAUCCGAAUGUGCUAGCACCACACAGUCUUCUUCUGCGGCCCCUUCAUCGGAUAUUCCUAUCAGUUCAACUGUAUCUUCUGAAUUCACUUCAUCUUCUGGUUUCACUCUUCCACCAGUUGACAAUCACAAUUCUGGAUCUUCAUUUAAUACUGAAGUACCAACAACUUCAGUUCCACAGGUCACUUCCGAGCCACCUAUUACAACUAGUGAGCCUACGGUAACAGAAGUUGUGAGUACCGAAGAACCAGGGGUUACAACUCUGCCACCCUCGGAACCAACUCGAGUUUCAUCUGCGGAUACACCAGCUGGUACUUAUAAUGCAGUGGACUGUUAUUCAGAUGAAGAGGGUACCGGAUUUCCAUUGGCUCCACCUAUCACGGACAGUACCGAUCCAAAUACUCACGAUACAGUCGGUCACUGCCUUGAAUUCUGCUCUACAGCUAAUGGAGGCAACCCAUUUAGAUAUGCAGCAAUUGGGCCAGGACACUGCUAUUGCUCGAACGGAAAGCUCGAAGCAGAACCAGCCACCGACUGUUCAUAUCCAUGCCCAGGUGACUCGACGCAGAUAUGUGGAGGAAGUCUUCCACCCACCAAGAGACUCAGACGCCGUGCUCCUGGGGAUGCGAUUAUUGUUUAUGAAUUGGCUGGAUACGUUCCUCCAAGUUCAGUCGCUUCUACAGAUGUCGGUCCAACUGAGACAUCAGGCCCAAGCUCGACGAGUGAAAUCAUUGCCACCGAGGAACCUGGCUUCACUUCUACAGAACUCAACACCGAGGGACCAGGGUUCACAAGCACUACUGAGGUCAUCAACACUGAAGAACCUGGCGCUACAAGUACAUCCGCAGUUGUGACUGAAGAGCCGGGAGUGACGAGCACCUCGGAAGGUAUCGUAAGCACGAGUGAAUUGGGAGCUACAACGACUUCGGAAGUUGUUAGCACCGAAGAGCCAGGCGUCACUAGUACUUCGGAAGGUAUCAAUACUGAACAACCUGAAGCUACUAGUACCUCAGCUGUUGUCAGCACUGGGGAACCAGGAGCUACAACUACUACUGAAGUCGUCAAUACUGAAGAGCCUGGAGCUAGCUCAACAGAAGAAGCUAGUAGCACUGGCACCGAUAUUCCACCUGUCAAUAAUGUCGGAUCUGGCACCUUAACCACUACAACAACUACCUAUGGUAUUGAGUCUACCACUGAGGUAUUCACCGAGCCAGAAGCAACUACCACCUCCGAAGCCGAAGAAACAGGCAUUAGUACAACUUCGGGAGUUGUUAAUACCGAGGAACCGAUAGCUACUACAACUUCUGAAGGUGUCAUUAGUACUGAGCAACCAGGAGUAACUACGACGUCCGAGGUCAUUAAUACCGAAGAGCCUGGGGUAACCACAACUUCAAGCCCAGAAGAAACCAUAGCUACAACAACUUCCGAGGUCGUAAAUACUGAGGAGCCAGGAGUCACUUCAACUUCGGGAGCUGUUAUUAGUACCGAGGAACCAGCGGUAACUACGAGUUCGGAAAUUGUGAGUACCGAAGGACCUAGUAUUACUACAACCUCUGGUCCGGAAGAGACUGAGAUUGUAAGUACCGAGGGACCUGGAGUUACGACGACCUCGGAGGUUGUAAAUACCGAAGAGCCACAAGCAACGUCAACUACAAGCCCCGAAGAAACCGGGCCAGCUACUAGCACAACUGAGAUCAUCAAUACCGGAGAACCAGGAGCAACUUCAACUGCCAGCCCUGAAGAAACCGGGCCAGCUACUACGACAUCUGGGGCUGUAGUCAGUGAAGAACCAGGAGUUAGUACAACUUCCGAUGUGCCUGAGGGCACAAGCACUGGUACCGGCAUUCCACCUGUAAACAAUGUAGGAUCUGGUACCAUGACAACGACCACAACAACUGAAGUACCCGAGUCUACUACGGAAGCUGGGUUGACUACCGAAAUUGAAGCUACGACGACUGCUCCUCUCUCCACAAGUGAGCAAGGAGUAUCAUCUACAAGCUCUUUCCCAGCAUCCACGUCUAUUGCACCUCCUUCAUAUAGUUAUGUCUGCGCAAGUAUACCAAAUCUGUUCAAUGUAGUUAUUGAUGAACCUGGCAAGCCAAAGCAAUGGUUAUCUCAACUUAACUAUCCAGAUAGUGGAACCGUUGAAGGUACAUGGGGCUAUGAUACAUUACCACCCGUACUAUCACGCCCCCAAGCAGCUCAUUUCAACAUUGGAUUUGGCAACGCUUUCCAAGCAAAACGUCAUUCUGACAAUGCUCCAAUCUCAGGUGCUGUUCGAUUGACCGCUUUGGGAUCUCCUCUUCAACUUUUUGCUGCGGAUCAUAUUUCAGAUAGCAUGAGAGUAUUUACUGCUAGUAUUGGGGAAGAUUGUUCACUUGGCUUGGAUAUCCCGAACACUGGAGACAACAUUCUGGCUAUAUGCAGUGGUAUAUUCACUAUCCUGACGCCAGCUAAGCGAGCUCAAAGGGGAGAUGCUUGUACUCAAGUCCGAGCUUUUGCUGUUGCAGUCAAUGGACCUUCAUCAACAUUAUCAACAACCAUUGCUUCACCUACAGGAUCAAGCACAGGAUUGGCCGGCACUGAAGUAUCCGAAACUGGAGCUUCUUCUACUCCAUUGAUCGCAACAACUAUACCAUCUGGAACUUCCGGUCUGAUGACAGGUACUUCAACCUUCUCGCCUAUCACAUCUUCAACUUCAAUUGCUGGAUGUCCUGUUGCGCCAUUUUUCAGAAUCCUGGUAAAUCAGACAGGUAUGCCAGCACAAUAUCUAUGGGAUCCUGUCUCAUUCAGUGAUGAUGCUUUAUCAUUCACCACAGAUGCAGCACAGAGUUUGUCCUUUUCAUUAUCACCUACUACUGGUCAAAUUCAGUUCAAUAUUGUAGAUUUCUUUGGAAAUCCUGUAUUAUUGGCAUCUAAUCAAGAUACUCACAAUGCUGGAAAUGAAGCAAUUUUCUUCUCUACUGCUACCAAAUAUCAACAACUUGGUUACCAACCUGUUGUAGCAUCUAUCAAUCCGGAUUGUUCCAUCGGUUUGACAUUACCAUAUAAUGCCGCUAAUAUUAUACAAGCUUGUUAUGGAUCGAUUUACUUGAUGUUGUCGCCCGGAGCAGGUUGUGUAACUGUUUCAUUGUUGAUGUUGCCUUUUGAUCCUUCUGCCACAACCACGUCUAUUACAUCUACAACUUUAAGUUCGGCGAGUCUGGAAAGCCCCUCCGUUACUUCGAGUGAAGUCACUCUUUCUUUCUCAUCAGUUGAAUUAUCUAGCGGAUCGCUAGCUACCAGCUCGCCCGACUUUACGAAUACACCGUCCGGAGUGUCCAGUUCGUAUUCUUUUAUAUCAUCUUCAUUUUCAGAUCAGUCAGUUUUUACAAGUCAAGGAACUCUGACUUCUUCAACGGUCGGUUCCUUCAUUAGCUCUUCAGCAUUCGAGUCGCCUAGUAAUUUUGCCACAAUUUCUUCUUCUAUUAUUAGUUCAUCUUAUCCAUCAUUUACCUCGGAAUCGUUUUCACAGUCUGAAUCGGCUUUCCUAUCUCAAACCCUGCAAACUUCUUCUGGACAAGAAUCCCAAAGUGCAUCAUUUACUUCUGAUAUCUUCUCGUUAUCGAGUAUACCGUCUUCAUCCAUCAUUCAAAGCUCAAUAUCUGAAGCCCUCUCUUCAUAUGAAUCCAGCUUGGCAUCAUUCUCGGCUUCUCAAUCUUCUGGAUUCAUGUCCAGCUUCUCCACAACUUCACUCUUAAGUUUUGAACCUUCAGAAACUCAAAGCACUGCCAUUCCAUCCAUUUCGAAUGUUGAAUCUUCGAGCUUCGGAGACGAGACUUCCACUAGUAUUCCGCCAGUUAAUAAUGUAGCUUCUGGUUCAACGACUGGACAAAGUAGCUCACUUGCUUUGGAAUCAACAUCCCAAACUGAAAUUACUUCUACUUUCGUAUCUUUGUCUUUAUCCGAACAAUCAUCUUUACCAGAAUUAACAUCUACUUUGGGGCCAUCGUCUUUGCCUGAAAAUUCUUCCACUAUUGGGCAAUCUUCUUUGCCUCAAAUCGCAACUUCUUACGAGUUGGGUGAAACAUCAUCUCUGCAGGUGUCUUCGACCGAGAUACUCAUUAGCUCUUCUACUUUACCUCUUGAAAGUUCUGGCUUCCAGACUGUAGCUUCCUUGAUGAGUUCAGAGAGUACUUCUGAAGCACAAGAGACAACAUCGAGUCUUGAAAGCCAAUUAUCUAUUUUGACUUCAGUGUUGGGGACUUCUAUUCCAUUGACUACAGAUAUAUUACCGACCUCGACAGAAAGUCUACUUUCGAAUACAGAAAAUCCAUCAACUUUUGGAUUCGAGUCCACAACAGGAAUACUCUCCAAUUUGAAAUCAAGUACAGUGAUCAGCCUACAAUUAUCUUCUUCGACCGAAAGCCUUGAGUCGUCGAUAAUAACUCAGAUCUUCUCCACGAGUACUACUGCGUCUUCUGAAAGUGAUUCCCAGCCGUUUACAGGGACAUUGAUUCAAUCAUCUGGAGCUGCAAGUAGUACAGCUAUUCUCUCUUCCCCAACAUUGUCAAUCAUUCCCUCGAAAAGUGAACAGUUGAGUACGCUCGGAGAAUCUAGCGGUGUUUUGUCUACCACACUUGUUAUUAGUUUGUCCAAAUCCGUAUCUCCAAGUAUAGAGACAUCUCUUGGAAUAACGAGCACUUUUGUAGGAUCACCAAGUCAAUCUUUUGAGGCCUCAAGUAAUAUUGGACCGAUUAUAUCUAUAGAGACUUUCAUUAGCACUACUAUAGUUAUCGAAUCAAGUAUUGAACCGACUCUCGGGGCUACCAGUAGUUUUAUAGGGUCGCCCAGUCAGUCAUUUGAGGCAUCCAGCAAUAUUGGAUCCACUAUAAUUACAGAAACACUGGUUGGCACAUCUAAUUCUAUCGAACAAAGUUCAUUGCCUGUUGGAAGUAGUACUGGUAUUCCACCAGUCAACAAUGCAGCAUCAGGAAGUACGACGACGACGACGACGACUAUGGACAUUCAAUCCACAGAUGAUCUCACAACUGAUCUUGGUUCUGUUAUUUUUACGACUGGUUCAAUUGAAUCUAGCUUGGCGGAAGGCUCUAGUAGUACUCUCAUUGUGAUUUCGACAUCAACAGGAUUUGGAUUUGUUAGUUCAACACAGAUCUCGGAGAGUGUAUUUGAGAGUACCAGUCUUAGUUUCACAAGCAGUAUUGAAUCUAUAGUCUCCACGAUAGAUUCAAUCAAACCAAGUCUAUCUGAGGCUAAUAGUAAUGUCAUAAGUCCUAUCCAAACUUCCACGGGCCUCGGAUUCGGUACCUCAUCACAAAUACCGGAGAGUGUAUCAGACCGUGCCAGUCUCAUCUUCACAGGUAAUGUUGGUUCUGUCAUUUCUACUACAGGUUCAACGGAACCUAGCUUAUCGGGAGGGGCUAGCACCACUACAGGACCUAUUGAAACAUCUACAGGUAUUGAAAUUAGAACUGAAAUAUUAACCAACGGAGCAGUAUCUUCCACCGUUUUCGGUGUAUCGAGUGCCACUUUGACCUCAAUAGCAUCUGAACUAUCCAGUAAUACUGAAUCAGCAAUAGAAUCGGUGGUGCCAAGCAGUAUUAAAUCAACUGCGAUCAAUUUUGCUGAAACUUCUGCUGGUUUCACCACGCCGAUCCAAUCAUCUCUACCAGCCUUAACUAAUGGAAUCUCAACCACUUAUACCUUCGGUGAUGAGGUCAUUACUCCAUCUAUUGCAAUUAGUACCACGUUAGAAGCUUCUAUAUCGGUAUCGAUUGGUGGAACCGAAACUUCUACGCCAUUCAGUGAUGAAGUCAUAACCCCCACGAUUGCUGUUAGCACUACAUUUAUUGGAUCAUCUGUAUUGCCAUUAAAUACUGGAUUCGAAACUUCUUCUACUACAUUUAGUGAUGAAGUUAUCACUCCUUCAAUAGCUGCUAGCACUGUACAAGCUCAAUCCACUAUAUCGGCUUUGAAUACUGGUAUUGAAACGUCUUCAGGCCCUUUCGGUGAGGAAAUUAUCACUCCGUCUACUGCGCCCACUUCGAAGUUAUCUUCUGGUACCAGCAUUGAAAUUAUAUCCUCCGGUACUCCUGGACUUAUAAGCUCAUCACUAUUACCGGAAGUGACAAGUAUAAUAGACGGAACUUCAGGAUUCCCAUCAACGAUUGGUACAAUAGCUCAGUCUUCAACCGAGUUGAUUGAUAUCGAGACUUCAUCAGGCUCAGGCCCCUUGACAGCUGCCACUCCAUCUCCUCCAACUGAACUGUCCUCAUUUUUGAGUCUUUCUACCAGCGCAUUCAGUGCCGUGAUCACUUCAAAUACAGGUAUAGGAACAAGUCUUGGGGCUGGAUCCCCGACCCUUGAUCUUUCAUUCGCAUCAAGUACUGGUAUAUCAACAAAUGGAAUCACUUCCUUGCCUACCGAGGCUAGUCAAACUUCCAGUGGCCUAGGAUUUGAAUCUAGCCUUGCUAUCAUAUCGACUUCUGGUAUAGAAACCGAAUCCCAGGUUGAAACUCCAAUCCUUACGACUUCGACUCUUCCAAUUGAAGCUUCUCUAAGUGUGGGUACUUCAAUCCUUGAAUCAAAUUCGGCUGAUGUAUCAACGAGUGGAAUUGAAUCCACUGGAACAACAGUUCCAAUAGUUGGAGACUUGGAAUCUGGGACUUCAUUUGGAGCCUCAGAAACACUCAGUAGUACUACAUCGUUAUCAGUAAUCACGGAAGUCGGUACACUGACGAGUGGAUUCUUAAUUUUAACAACUGAGGUCUCUGCUAGUUUUAGUGGCUCAAUUAUUGAAACAAGUCUGUCUUCCGAGCCUACUUCCACGGGUGGUGUCUCGAGCACUGCACUUCAAUCUACAUUUAGUGCUGAGACCUCGGGAAGUAUCGGUGGAGUAACUGGAUCUUUUACUGAGACCGCCAGUGUUUUGAGUAGUACUGGCGUAAGCACGACUGAGACUUCCAUUUCCUCCCAAAGUUCUGGGGCUGAGAGUCAAUUGCUUACCACAAGUAUUCCUGAUUUGUCAGCACUUCCAUCUACUUUAGUAGGAAGCUUUAGUCUUAUUGAAAGUUCCGGAAUCAUAUCAACUCCAUCAAUCCAGUCCACAGAUUUUGUGAUUGAGACUCAAUCACAGACCGUGAUCAUUUCCAUCGAGUCCGAAAUCCCAUCAAGUUCUAUCCUAACCCCUGGACCCACAAUAACUUUGUCUUCCGACAUUGAAAGUCUAUCGGCAGCUCCAAGUACCUUGCCUUCAGGAAUACCCUCAAGUACGAUCGAAAGUUCCUUAAUUUCUUCAGUUCAGUCUACUCAAUCUUCAUUGUUUGCAGUUGAGCCUUCUACAGCAGUCGCCAGCAGUCUUCUUUCUUCGGAAUUAUUAUCCCAACAGUCCCAGGCAUCCUCCAUUGCUUCGAUAAUACCAUCAUCUGUGGGUACGCUCAUUUCUCUCUCAUCUACGAUUGCUGCAUCCGAGAGCUCUUCCGACAUUGUUCUGAGCACAAGUUCAGGUGCCGUCUUAUCUGAGUCCUUCUCCAGUAGUCUUUCCCAGCUCCCAUCGUUUACGAAUGGAGAACUUGCCACCAGCUCUUCGGCUGUUGAAGCCAGUAGCACAGUUGAUAGCAGCAUCCCAAUUGUUGGAAACAUUGGCUCGGGAACUUCCCUUCAAUUUUCAGUUUCCGAAACAUCUCUACCUGCUUUGCCAAGUUCGUUGACAUCGGACAUUGGUUCUCUAAGUUCUAGUCUUGUGAUAGUUUCAAGCACGGUUAUUUUGACGGUUGAAUCACAGACUACAGAACCCGUUUUCUCUUCCACCGCUUCCUUGGGAAAUACAGCGCCUUUGGAGACAUUCGUUGAAACCUCAUCGUCGAUACCUGAGCUUACACUUCCAAAUACUAGAGGAUCACAAGCUAUAUCUUCGACAGAAUCACUUGCCAUUAGCCCAACUAUUGGCUCAGGGUCUCAAUCUAGCUCUCUACAAACAACCUUCGAUUCUGAAGUUUCGAAUAUUAGCACCGAGCAAGCUUUUCCUUCCACUGAAAACCUUGUAGUUAUCUCAAACACGCAAUCUUUAUCCUCUGCUACCCUUCCAAGCACUGGGCUUGCAACUGAGAUUCCCUCAUCAACACAAGGUAUAUCAUCAGUGGCAACUUCAACUCAGCUAGGUGAAUUUUCGUCAACGAUUUCCAGUUUACAAUCUGCGGAAACAUCUUCAUCCAUACAACAAGGUCUCUCUUCAACAGUAUUGAUUGAGCCAUCUCAGCCAGCUAUAUCCUCCGACUUGACCGAAACUGCAUCAUCUGAAAUAUUAAGUGCAAGCGCAACAAUCACAAGCCUUGAGACCACCGUGAUCCUGACAGUUAUUUCGACGUCUGCAUCUGAUUUUGGUUCUGAAUCUGGACCAAUUACAGCAUCAUCUACUACUGAUAUCCUCGGCUCGAUCUCUCCAAGUCUUUCUGCUUCGGCGUUGGCCCCUCAGAUAGAUUCGGCAUCUUCAACUAGUUUAGUAAACUCAGGCUUAAAAUCAACCACGAUAUCGACUUUAGAGUCCAAUUUGCAGGGCACAGCUUUGUCUUCAAUACCCAAUGAAUCUGUAAUUCCUGAAGCAUCCUCGACAGAAGGGCUUCUAGGUACAUUCGUCCCUGAUGCUUCUCAGGCAAGUUUUGAACAAACUACAUCUUCGAGCAGUUUCCCUUUAAGUACAUUAUCAUCGGGGUCUUCCUCUACCAUCGAAUUGCUCUCAUCCGCCAGUGAAACUGGAACCGGUAUACCUCCCAUCAACAAUGUAGUAUCUGGAAGCACCAGUACCAGUACCGCCUUUGAGACCACAUUGCCAGCUUCCGAGUCUCAGAUAUUCAGCACUGAGCCACCAUCUGUGACCUCCAGUACACAAGUUCUAACAGAUUCUAGCGGUCUACCUCUUAGUACAAGUACAAAUCCAUCACCCUCAACCUUAGAAUCAGGGAUUGGUUCUAGUACCGAGUCAGUAUCAAGCUCCGAAUUUCCUAGCAUAACGAUAUUCAGUUCAAAUCCCUCAUCGUCCACCACCCUCUCUGGUGCAUCUGCUAUUGCAACACCAUCAUUUGAUUACAUUGGCUGUUCUUCAAACACAACAGGCACUUUAGAUGGCCCAACAACGUACUCAUCAGAUAUGACACCAGCUGUCUGCUCAAUCAUCUGCUCUGAAUACGAAUACUACGCAGUUGAGAGUGGAGUCAAGUGUGUUUGUGGCGAUAAUAUAGAGUCAAGUGGUAUCUUGUCAGGUGCGAAUUGCACCACCACUUGUGGUGAUGGUAGUGGUACUUCAUCUUGUUCAUCGGCAUCGGCAUCUGCUAGUGCCUCUACACUGGUAACAGUACUAAGGCCUAGAAACAUUGCAGCUACGGGGAGGCAUCCUAAGAGGUGGUAA